AAUAAAAAAAUAAAAAUUUAUUUUAAAAAAUAAAAAGUAAAAAAUUAUAAUUUGGUGUGGAGAGCGACGAGUAGCAAACUCGCAUCCGUAACUUGUAAAAAACCUUGACCGAAGGAUGAAACUACCUCGGUUUUGAAUAUGUUCUGUAUUCCUCUUCAUUUGAAUCCCGUUCAUUACCCUCUCUCGCGAGAUUCAGCCGAUACCUUAGCUAGAGCCUCCGUUGCCGUUUGUCACAGAUCUCGAGCCCCUGUCGGCUUGCCCAUGAGCCGUGGAGCCUCUCUAAUCCUAGGAGAAGGCUUGACCAACACAGUUGCCGUCUUCAACCUUCGGCUCCGAGAUCCAUCGCGAUUCUUCUGCGCCACAUCCAUGGCCGACGAGGCAAAAAUCGAGCAUCAAUUAAAACCGGAGAUCAUCGGGAAUGAGAAGGAAUUAAAAGAAGAAUCGAAGACGAAGGAGGAAUUGACGUUGCCGCCGCCGCCAGAGAAGCCGCUGCCCGGGGAUUGCUGUGGCAGUGGAUGCGUGCGUUGCGUGUGGGACAUAUACUAUGAGGAGCUCGAGGCUUAUGACAAGCUUUGCAAAAGCAAUUCUGAGUCUAAAUCCACGCCCUCCUGAUGUUAUCCUGUAUAUUCGAUUCAAUUUGGUCCUGUGUUUCAGUAUUCAUGCUUUUGUUUGAUCAUGUUGUCGGCAUCUGAUUAUGGUUCAUUGGUGAAAA